AAAAAAAAACCCUUAAUCACACUCUUAUUCAAUAAGAUUGUCGUAUCUACUUUGAAAUCAAUAAAGUGAUAGCGAUCUCCACAAUCAUUCGACUUUGUCAACAGGCAUUCCACAUACAAAGAUGGAAGGAGUACCAAGAAUUGCUCAAAAGCCUCAUCAUGUGGUGUUUAUACCGUUUCCUGCACAAAGCCAUAUCAAGUGUAUGCUUAAACUAGCCAGGAUCAUGCACCAAAAAGGCCUUCACAUAACCUUCGUCAACACCCACUCCAACCACAAACGCCUUCUCAAGUACGGUGGGUUUCAUGAUAUUGACGGUGUCCCUGGUUUUCAAUUCAAAACGGUUCCAGAUGGUCUCCCUUCCACUUCUAACGAUGACGAUCAUGAUCCAACUCAAACCAUCGUUGAACUCGCCAGGUACCUUACGACCAAUUUCUUGUCUCCCUUUCUUGAAAUUGUAGCCGGACUUGAAACUCCGGUCACUUGUAUAAUCUCCGAUGGCUUCAUGACUUUCGCUCAAACCCCUUAUGCUGCUGAGACGCUCGGAGUCCCCAUCAUCCUUUUCUGGACCAUGGCUGCCUGCGGGUUCAUGGGGUUUUACCAGGCAAAAGUUCUAUUGGAGAAAGGAGUUGUCCCACUUAGAGAUGAUAGUUGUUUGACAAAUGGAUAUCUUGAUACCAUGAUAGAUGUUCCCGGAAUGAAAGAGAUCCGUUUAAGGGAUCUACCGGAACAUAUCUGGGGCGUAGGGCCAAAAUCUUCGGCUUUAAAAUUCAUUGUCCAAAUCGCACAUGAUGCUGAUAAAAUUUCACGCAUGAUUAUCCAUACUUUUGAUGAAUUAGAGAGAAGUCUCAUCAAAGAGUUUAAAUCCAUGUUUCCACAUGUCUACACCAUUGGGCCACUGCAGUUACUUUUGAACAAGAUGACAGAAAAAGUACCCAAGAGCUCGACUUUCAAUGGUUAUAGCUUAUGGAAGGAGGAACCCGAAUGUUUCCAAUGGCUCCAUUUGAAGGAACCGAAUUCUGUGGUGUAUGUCAACUUUGGAAGUCUAGCAGUAAUGUCUGUAAAAGAUUUGCAUGAAUUAGGUUGGGGACUUGUUAACAGUAACCACAAUUUUCUUUGGAUAAUCAGGGAUGAUUUGGUAGAUGGGGAGUGUGCAGUUUUGCCAUUAGAACUGGAGGAAGUGGUUAAAGAAAGAGGGUUUAUAGGAAGCUGGUGUUCACAGGAGGAGGUGUUGAACCACCCUUCGGUUGGUGGGUUCUUGACUCAUGGUGGGUGGGGUUCGGUCAUUGAGAGCUUGUCUGCUGGUGUACCGAUGAUAUGCUGUCCGUUCACCGGUGACCAACGGACUAAUUGCAGACAAGUGUGCAAGGAAUGGGAGGUGGGGAUGGAGAUGGGGAGGGACGUGAAGAGGGAUGAAGUAGAGAAGCUUGUGAGGGAGUUAAUGGGUGGAGGCGGGUGGAGGAUGAGAAACAAGGCAAUGGAGUGGAGGAAAAUGGCGGAAAUGACGACUGAUCUUGACGGUUCGUCGUUUCUAGAUGUUGAAAAACUGGUUGCAGAAAUUAGUUUGCUUUCAAAAAACUAG